AUUUGCGUAAUUUUGCGGCCAUGUGUGGUCAUAUUUGUGCCCCUAGAGACAAUUUUAGUGAUGUUAUCAACCACUGCAAAUAAUAAAGUGAAAAACUUGAAGGGGUCGGAGCCCCCCGACGUUCUUGAACGGGAAGAAAUCGGCCAAGAAAACACGGAUGAUAAGGUCAGAGGUUAUGUUGGUUCUUAUGAUGCAUCGUCUUCUUUUGGCGGGCCGAGCCGAGACGGGCGUUUUCGGCCCCGUGGCCGGGUUACGGAGUUUCGACACUCGAGAGGCGGCGGGCGCGGCGGCCGAGGCAGAGGCCUGCCGCCCCGCAGCGACCGAGAUCUGGACGGUUCCUUUAAAUAUCACGAACCGUUAGCUCAUGCCGCGGCUGAUUCCUGGGCCCAAACGAACUCUACCAAAAAUUUCUACGAGCGUUCUGAACUGUCUAUCCAUCUGCCCGAAGAUCCACGCAUAUCUAAACUGCUGCGUCGCCUGUGUGCCGAGGUGGAUAUCGAAAAGUCGCUCGCGAUAUGCAGCAAGCUGCAGGAGGCAGUCAUGCUUCCAGAAAACGCCAGAUACAUUAGAAGGUCUUAUGACAUACUUGUUGAAUCACUUCUUGAUGUGCUGUAUGAUGCCCCAGGGCCAGAAACAAAGGAACAAGCCGCUGUUGUCCUUGGCAGGAUUGGUUAUGUCAUGGGGCCGGAUUUCCGUAAACAUCUGGAGUGGAUUGAGUCUACAUAUACAGCACAUAAUAGCUCUAUCAAACACCUGCUCAUACUAUCCUUUUCUGAGACAUUUCAACUGGACUUUCAGACACCAAAUCUGUCAGAGUUUGCAGAGACAACUCUGGUUCGCCUUCAAGUCAUUAUAGAGGGCACUGACUCAGCCGAUGUCUUUAUGGCUGCCAUAACUGCCAUGAUAGUGAUGUCGAACUCAUACCCAGAACACUUUGCCAAUCAUUUUGUGGAUACUGUGGACAUUCUAGUCGGCUGGCAUGUAGAUAAUGCUCAACCGAGAAAAAUCAAGGAGUUUGCCUUACAAUCGCUGUUUAAACUGAGCCGUCACUGGCAGGCUGAUGUCGGGUUCUCAGUAAACCUGCUGAACCAAUUUGUUGAGGAUAUGGUAGCUUAUUCAACUGACCUGGAUUCUAACAAAAGUGACACAGAUACAGAGUCUACAUCAGCGGAGGACUGUAUCCAGAAGAUAACCUCAUUUCUUAAUGUGUUUAACACUGUUGUAAAGAGUUUGGGCAAUUUACUCAGCCCUACUACAUCUCAGACCGUGAGCUGGUCCUUCCUGACUGAAUCCAUAACUAAGAUACUUCAGGUACUUACUAAGACUUUGAAAGAUGAUGCGGAACCUGAUUUGAUCGUGGCUGGGAAUGAAAGCAUUACAUUACUGUUGAAGCAUUUACAAACUAAAGCUAUGUCGAGCUUCCCGGCUUUGUUCUCACUGAUUUCAACGGAGAUUACAACUUAUUUGAAUGAUGAAGAAAAUGUGUGUCUCAGUGUCAUUGACUUAAUAUCUAAAACUGUCAAAGAGAUUGCAUCAAACCUACCUAUUGAAUUUAUUACUGAAACAAUAGGUCCUGAGUCUAAAUUACGUCAGUUGCGAAAUUCAGAGAGUGCUCUUGUUCUAAAUGGGGUCAUGUCAGUAUAUAGUAAUCUUUUGAAUUUAAAGAAUAUCCCACUGUUGCAAGAAACUUACAAGUUUGUACUUACAGACAUACAAAACUCAUAUUCUAUUAUUGUGCCUGACAUACAAAUCAUUCAGCCUGAAUACACUGAUGAAGUAUGCAAAGAAGAUGCUGAAAAAAAUGUUAUAUUUUACCUGCAAUGUCUUUCCGAGCUUGCAAAUGCUAGUAAUUCAAUCAUCGGCAUGUGGGCUCUGCAGCCGAGCAUUUUAGAGCUCCUGGCAAUUAAAAUGCGACCUGAAGAUGAUAAACUGAGCCAAGAUAAACCAGCCCUCCAAUAUGCUGUGCUGUAUUUGCUCUAUUCCCAUUGCAGAAAAAACAAUCAUUUUAUUGCAUCAAGUGAUUUAGUAAAGAUGAAGAACUCCCAGCAGAGAGCAAAUGAUAUAUUUGGCUUAUCCAAAUUAAAUCUCGGAGAAGUGAAAGGCACCAGCCCUACAUCUGGACAUCUAGCGGUAAUUCUCAACACAUUGAGUGUAAUUUUGGAAAAAGAGGUUUGCAAAGAAACCAUGUUGCUGGUCCUUCAUUGGAUUUCAGACAUACUUAGCCAGCUUGACAAGUACUUACCAAUUGUCAGCAUGUCUAAAGGGUUCCUCAUUUUGACCACAAACAUGCUGUCACUAGCUUACUGUUUUGAUGAUGACAUUGUGCUGAUUGUUAUGAAAAAUAGUCAGUUGCUGUUAAAAAACAAAAACCUCAGUUUAAAUGUGAUGGUAUUGAAAACUAUAGCUGUGUUGUGUGUAUUACACAUGGACAAUCAAAAUGAUGCAGUAUCAAACAUUUGUAUGGAAGUGCUUUUUGAACUUCCAUGGGAUAUAGUGCAACUGGAGCUUGACAAACAAGUCAUACAAGUAUUCAGAUAUCGAAAAAUGAGCCUACAUUUGCUCAACAAUGAAAGUAAAGCUAACUCUCUAAAAGAAUACCUUUUGAAAGGCUCAUACACAACCUUGUCAAAUCAACAUUUUAAAGCAAUAAUUGACUGUAUUCUUCAGUGUACGGUCGAAGAUAAAAAUCUAUUGCUAAACGCAUUUUUAACUUCUUGGCCCUUGCAUUCCCAAGACGCGGACGAGAACAAUAUCCUAUUUUUCCGACAGUGUGCCACGAAUUUCUCAUCAAUUUGUAUCAGCUGGGCACUAUCUGAAUUGGCUUUGACUACUGUGACAUUAAAACUAAGAACGGCUCUUGGGAAGCCUCAAGAAACAUUCAUGAAAAUAGAAGGAGCGCUGAAAGGGAUUGCAAGAGAGACUUCUUCAUUAGAAACCAAAUAUGUGUCUACAGAUCAACGAAAUUUAAUGGAUGUGGUUGUGGGAGAGCAAAUGAGAUCCCGUUGGAUCACAGAGUUUAUGAUGUUCCUUGAAAAAUACAUAUACAAUGCUGCUGAAGGGACAGCUACAGUGCUGCCACCAGUUGCCAAGCCCGUACGGACAUUCUUCUAUACAAACUGGACAACGUGUCGGGAUUGGCAGAACAGGCUGCGGCCGGCGUCUCUUGCUGUCAGUCAAUACGCUGGCCAUUAUGGCGCCGCUAUCUACCACGCGUCGUUAAUUCUCCAAACUGCUGCCACCUCUACAACUAACAUCGAUAUCGAAGCUAUCAGCAUGAAUCUAGCUCGAGCCCUCAUAAAAAUCCAAGAACCGGAAGUAUUGCACGGACUCUACGUUUGGAUCAAACAAACGUUUGAUAAAAAGCUGUAUUGGCUAAAGGGUGCUGCAGAGCAGGCUAAUUCGCGACACGAGUUGGCUUUGGAAUUCUAUAAGAAACUAAACAAUAUAAAAACCCAAGAAGACAAAAAAGAAUCUGGUGACACUCCUCAAACAGAGACUAAAAGUGAAAAGUUCAUUGAUGAACAAAUGAUGGAUAGCUACAAGCAUAUUCAGAAUUGGGAGGAUAUGCAGGAAUGGAAAGAAAAUGAGAACCAAAAGAAGCAUAAUUCGCCGUGGAACACAUUCACAGCACUGCGAGUAUUCGAAGGAAGUACUGAAAUUCCCGACGAACUUAAUAAUUGGGACAUUCUCGAUAUGAAUUCUAAUGAGAUAUCCAAAAACGCUUGCUCAUAUCAAAACCUCAUAAACAAGAUUGAAUCGACGUUAGUGUGCACUGCUGUCAAUGUGUGCUAUACUGAUAACUUUGAACAAUAUGAGCGUUUGCUAACAGAUUGUGACGCUCUGCUGAAAUGCAGUGCUCAAGAAUUCGCUAGAACGAAUGCUGUGCAUUUCAUGAAAGACAUUGCAGUACUUCAGUUGGCUAAUCUAGGACUAAGAAAUAUCGUCAAGAAUGGAAAAGUAAUUUCAAAUCCAUUCAAACCGUCAGUUCUAAAAGAACACAAAUAUGGCACGGACUUCGAAAAUCUCAGUCGCAUUCUUUGGUGGAAUCAAUAUUUUACGAAAUUGAACAUGACUGAAGAGAACAUCUUCUAUGCAGAGUGCCUUCGGUUGGAUGUAAUAAAGAAUGCCAGGAAACAUUCUAAUAUAGGAAUGGCUAAAAGAGAACUAUUAAAUCAUUUCAAACAUAAUUCAGCAUUCCAAGUGUAUCUUGGUAACGUUGGGAAUUUAGAAGAACUGAGUGAGGUAUUGGUAAUGUCGACAAACACGUAUGAUUUAGACAUUUGGACAUUAAACAACACGACGGCGCUAAUGGAAUUAUGCAAACUAACAUAUGCUAAAGAAGAAACCAAAAUGCAAGCUAUCAAUCUGUGCUCGAAUAUAUCCCUGGGAUUCUCGCAAAGACUUGCAAUGGGAGAACAAAGUUACGAAUUGCGCGAAAAAGGAACUCGGAUGCUUUUGACCUUGUCUAAAUGGAUCCAAAGUCAAACCGAGAACGAAAAUAUCUUGGAAGUAGAUUCGCCUUUAAUGAAAUUGGUAUCCGCCCUACCCGAAAUCGGUCUUGUUGACAACAACAUCUCUGAAAACGUGAUCCCGCUAGCUGACUCCGCUGUUGGCAAGCUAUUGCAGUUUGGAGUCAAUCAAUGUCCAGGACUUGCUAAAGCAUGGGCUAAUUUCGCAGCUUGGUGCUUCAGAUGGGGCAGGAAGAUGGUUGAGUUCAGUUCUAAGACGCGUGAACAAUUAACUGAUAAUGAUAAAGUACAGAUAGAGAGCGUUAUGAUUGGAUGCUCGCCACAGGAUUUCGAAGCUGUAUGUGAAAUCUUAUCAAAAACAAAAGCCACUUGUGACGACGAAGAUAUUGAUUGGAACGAGAUCAACACAUCGGAGAUGAUAGAGAGUCAACUACGCACGGUGCCUUCCCUGAGCAACGCGUUCCCUGAACACCUUGCCUUGCUGGUUGAUAUAUGGCGCCAAGCUCAAAAACGAGUAUUUUCUUAUUUCGAGUUGUCAGCAGACGCUUACUUCAAGUUCUUGCAGUUAAUAUGCGCCUCGGAUUACAUAAAUCACAGUGGCGAAAAUGCAGUCGUGAAUGCUACUUUGAGACUGCUUCGUCUAAUUGUAAAACAUGCUAUGGAGCUACAGACUGUCUUGGAAUCUGGUUUAGCGAACACACCAACGCAGCCAUGGAAAGUGAUUAUCCCACAGCUCUUUUCAAGAUUAAAUCAUCCCGAGACUUACGUGAGGAAAUGUGUUUCUGAUCUGCUAUGUCGACUCGCGGAGGAUACGCCUCAUCUUAUUACAUUUCCUGCUGUUGUUGGUGCUGUAGAAAACGAAACGAAAGAUCUGACCGAGCUUAGUGUAGCAAGAUCUUAUUUAUCGCAUGACGAAGAAAACAGCCAACCUGACAGCGACUUGGAGGAUACGGCUAGCGACAAAGUCGUAAAUAAUGAACUAAAUUCUUGUUUCUUAGACAUGGUGGAGACAUUAACGAAGCAAGCACCAAAGACAAUACUUCAAGUGAAAUUGUUAGUGAAAGAGUUACAGAGGAUUAAUCUUUUGUGGGACGAAUUGUGGCUUGGAACACUACUGCAACAUCACUCAGAGUUCAAUAAAAGACUCUCACAACUAGAGACGGAAGUUGCUAGAGUUAAAGACAAUGCUAAUCUGAGCGCUGAAGAUAAAGAAAAGCUGAUUAAGGAGAAACAUCGAAUUAUAUUUGAACCAGUUGUAUACGUAUUAGAACAACUAGAACGUAUCACGUCUGCAAAACCAGAAACUCCUCACGAGGCGAAUUUCCAAGGGAAAUUCCAUAAUCUGAUAACAGAAGUUAUCGAGAGACUGCAAAAUCCAACGAAUCCUGAAAAACCACAAGAGUCUUGGGCACCUUUGAAACAGUUACAGCUUAAGCUCCAACAAAAAGUGAAUAAAAGAACUUCUUACAUUUUGAGAAUGUCAGAUAUUAGCCCUGUGUUAGCUGAACUGAAAAACACUGUUAUUACGAUGCCUGGAGUCCACACUAACCAAAGAACUGUCCGAGUGACGAUAAAGUCAGUUGAGAACAAUGUGGCUAUUCUUCCAACUAAAACCAGGCCAAAGAAAUUGGUAUUCUGCGGCUCAGACGGUAGAGCUUACACAUAUUUAUUCAAAGGCUUAGAAGAUUUACAUUUGGACGAGAGAAUAAUGCAGCUGCUCUCCAUAACAAAUACAAUGCUGGCUAGGGACUCCGAAAACAAUGAUAAUCAAACCUACAGAGCGCGGCACUACUCCGUGAUUCCUUUAGGACCCCGUUCAGGGUUGAUCAGCUGGGUGGAUAACGUAACGCCACUCUUCGCACUUUACAAACGCUGGCAGAAUCGAGAAGCAGCUAUUCUGACCGCUAAAACCAACAAAACUGUCAAUGUGUUGCGCCCUUCAGAACUGUUCUACAAUAAACUGAACCCUCUUUUGAAAGAAGCUGGUAUACCGACUGAGAAUAGGAAGGAAUGGCCAGUAUCCAUACUUAAACAAGUGCUCCAAGAGUUAGCAGCGGAGACUCCUAACGAUUUGCUGUGGAGAGAGAUAUGGUGCAGCAGUGUGUCUCCCGAGCAGUGGUGGCAGAUGGUCCGUCGGUACAGUUACUCAGUGGCAGUGAUGAGUACGAUAGGCUAUAUAAUCGGCCUCGGUGAUAGACAUUUGGACAAUGUGAUGGUGGACUUGACAUCUGGUGAGGUGGUGCAUAUAGACUAUAACGUGUGCUUCGAGAAGGGGAAGACGCUGCGGGUUCCGGAGAAGGUGCCGUUCAGGAUGACCCCGAACUUGGUGACGGCGCUCGGCGUGACUGGUGUUGAGGGCAUCUUCCGCCUCGCCUGCGAGCACGUACUUCGAACCAUGCGCCGUGGACGCGAGACCCUACUAACCCUACUUGAAGCCUUCGUGUACGACCCGCUAGUAGAAUGGGGCGGCGCGAAGAAGCGCCGAGGAGAGAGAGACCUUCGAGCUGCAGUAGCUAUGUUGGCUGUUCGUGCGCAUGAACUGAAACAGCAGUUUGCUGAUGUCACGGAGCAGUUCCUGGCUGUGCUGCCAGACAUCCAAGCGAGCGCUGACCAGUGGCUCCAGGAAACCGAAGAACUCAAGUCCAUUGAGACCAGACUCCAUGACUGCCACCAGCAGAUGGCGCUGGUCAAAGAGAUAGAAGCGUACGGGCCGAAUCUAAGCAGCCAUCCUUUGUACGCUAUAUCGCAGAAAUACUCCUCCUACAAAAAGGCGAAGAACGCCGUAGAAGACUCUAUGAAAGCCCUCGUAAAGAUACUCAAUGAUUUUGACACUCAAAUAGAAAGUUUCGCAGCGGCCAACGAAGCUAUUAACGGUCCCAAAUUGGUCACAUGGGUGCAAGAAUUUUCAGGCCCGAGUGAAGAUGAUGAAAAACCAAUAUUCGACCACAUCAAAGAGUUCCUCGCAAAUGCUGGACAGAGCUCAAUGAUCACGCAAUGCGAACAAGCUGAAAACGAACUGAAUCAGAGCAUGCAAGAGACUAUUGUCCUCGUCAGAUCCUGCUUAGAGCUCCUUUCACAAUAUGUGGCGGUGUCUCAAUACUACCCUCAAACCCACACCGAGUACCAUCGCGUUGUGAUGUUCCGCAAAUGGCUGGCAGAAGCUUUAGAAAGUAAAUCCCCUGAAGUUUGCCGUGAAGUCUCCAGCCAAGUGACGGCUUUAGUCAACGCUGACAAUGCAAAUAAUACAGAACAGAUAGUUGCGUACAACUUUCAACUACAAACUAUUACUGCUGAAGCCAAUGUGAACUUGAACAAGGCAAUUGAAAGACUGCAAAUACAUGGAGGUCCUGACGCGGUAGCAAUUGCUCAAGAGGCAUACAUUGAAGCGAAGACGAAUAUUAGCUCUUGGGUGCGUUCUGAAGAGGGGGCUGGAGCAGCGUUGGAAAGCGUUGUCAUAGGAAUGCUCUGCAACUUGAACAGACGAUACCUCAUCUUAGAGAACAGCGCGCAAAGCGCGGGUGACUGUUUAGUCGACUUGACGUCUAGAGAAGGAGAAUGGUUCUUAGAUGACAUGAGCGCUCUAUCAAUGCAAGCUGUUGAAUUGCUAUCUCUGCUACCUUUACAAUCAGCUUCAGCUGAAGACUCGGCCAUGCCUGUAGCAGUUGAAUGCGUUCGCAACGCCAACCUUCUCUUAUCUGACCUGGUUCAAUUGAACUACAACUACAGCACCAUUAUUCUGCCGGAAGCGAUGAAGAAGCUUCAUCAGGAGGACCCGUCAACGCUGAUGAUGAUCAGUGAGCUGAAUGCAGUGAUAAUGAAUACUCCGAUGCCGUUGAACGAGCUGCUCACUCAGUUGGAGAUGAACUUCAGAUAUCUGCUUAUGGACAUGGAGUGUCCCGCAGGCGCCCAAGUGCUGGCCGCCGAGCUCCGCGCCCGCUACGAAGGCCUGCUGUCCGGCGACUCCCCCGGCCGCAUGGUGCUGAUGGGCCUCAACGGGCUGUUCGCGGCGGUGGAGAUGCGCGCCCGCGAGCUGGCCGAGCCGCUGGCCGCGCCCGUGCCUCCUGCUUGGAGGAAGAUCGACCACGUCAGCGACGCCAUGCAUAUGUCGGCCGCCCUCCAAAGGCCGGCGCUGCGCUCCGUCCUGGAGGACCUGUUCGUCGUGCGCCGCGUGCAGGCGGUGGGCGAGGCGCUGGCGCUGUGCGCGCAGAGCGCCGCCGCCUUCCGGGGCGCCGGCCCGCUGGCCGUCUACGACGACGCGGCGCUCUGUAAACCUGUUAAACGGUUCACCGCCGAAUACGUGUCCCGCUGCGUGCUAGGCGUGCACUCGAAGGCGCUAGCCUCUGUGUUAUGCUUGCUGCUGAGAAGGCAGCGUCUGGACCUCGCAGCUGAGGUGGAACAGAAAGAAAUUGGUGCAUCGUGGAGCGUAUCCCUGGAGUCGCUGUGCGAGAAGGUCCUCGCCACAUCCCCACUAACCGAGCGCGCGACGGUGCUGGCGGCGCGCGUGGCGGCGGCGCGCAGCGCGCAGCACCGCGCGCAGCACGCCACCGCGGCACGCGCGCGCGCCGGCGCCGCGCACCACGCUGCCCGCUCCAGGCUCGCCGCGCACGCGCAGCUACACGCUGAGGUGUUGGGGUCUAAUCAAGAGGCCCCGGUGCUGGCCCGCCGCGCUAGAGACCUGGCCGCGGCCAUGGAACGACUGACAGCCGCCGCUGCCAAGGCACAAGGGCUACUAACGGCGGCCCAUCAAAGAGUGAAAUGGGGCGCCGGCGCCAACCCGGCGCUGCAGUCCCCGCUGUCGGCGCUGGAGGCGGCGUGGGCCGCGCGCUCCGUGCGCGCGCGCCGCCUGGCCGCCGCCGCGCGCGCGCUCGCGCAGCACGCCCGCGCCGCCGCCGCCAUGCGCGCGCAGCACGCCAAGACCGCCAAGACUGCGCGCCAGGCGCUCGCCCACUGGGAGAAGGCUUGCACGCUGUCGCAGAAGUACUCCUUGAAAGUAACGGAUGCCCAACACGCACUCAUGGAAAUGCUUCACCCCGAAGGCAACAUUGAUCAACAUUGGGUGGAGAGCGUAAACUCGCUGCUAGUGGACAUGAUCUCGUCCCUGAGCCGCGAGGCGGGCUCGCUGGCGCAGCGCGGCGCGGGCUCGGCGGAGCGGCUGGCGGCGCGCGCCGCCGGGCUGGCCGCGCCCGCCGCCGCGCGCGCCGCGCUGGCGCACGACAUCUGCCCGCCGCUGCAGGCCCUGCAGCACGUCAACGAUGGAAUAAACCCAGCUAGCGAAAUAUUAGCUCGAGAGAAACGAAUCACGGAACUUUUGAAUAUCAUAAACGAUACAAGUGCAGGACCUGCUGCAGUCACUGCCGCCGCGGCCGAACUGACUGUGCGACUGCCCGCUGUUUACACGGACUUGGCCGAGCUCGGGGCGCGCUGGGCGGCGGAGAGCGGCGCGCGGCGCCUGGGGCGGCAGGCCGCCGUGGGCUCCCGGGGCGGCAACCUCAAGCACGGAGGAGGGGAGCGCAACGCGGUGGGCGCGGGAGUGUGGAAGCGCGUGCGGCUGAAGCUGGAGGCGCGCGACCCCGACCCCGGCCGCGCCGGGCGCCCGCAGGACCAGGUGGACUACAUAAUAUCGGAAGCGACUAACGCAGAGAACUUGUGCCUGAUGUACGAAGGCUGGAUGGCGUGGGUCUGAACAGAGACUCCCCCGGGGCUCCGCACCCCCCCUCCCGCCACCCCCCCGGCGGCCGCGCCUGCGCCCCGCGGCCCGUGCGCCGCCCGCCGGAGAUGAGUACUACAGUACUGGGACGUAACCAACUAAAUACCUCAACGCGUCUCUGACGCCUCGAGGUCGACUUUGCUCGGAGAUUGGCUCGCCAGCGAGCUGACCCCCCUCUAGUGGGGGGGACUUGUCUAUGUUUUUUUUUUCGGGUUUUACUAGAGGUGUCGUCGGGCAAUGAUGAUAUCGCCCCGAUCGUCCCAUCAGGCAUCUUCGGGAUUCGAAUUCAACAGUCGGGCGAUUUGCUGAGCCUUCGCAACGGACCUGUUGGUAAUUUUAGACUUAAGAAGGCCGAUCAACUUGAAAACGGUAUUAAAAGGAAAUUAUGCUUCAAAGAGCUAACCAUUUAACGGGAAUGCCGCACUUUGCAUGCGGCAGUCGUCCGAACAACUAGGCGACAAUUAUUGACAGAAAUGUCACUUUAUCCGGUAGAUGUUUUAAAUUCGCGAUUAUUUUUAUGCUCUCUAACCAGCUUGGGUUACGUCUAUCUAUUGCGACGUCAAUAUGCGUCUUCGUGACGAUUAUACACGUCGAUAGCACAAAGCUGACAGGCCGAGAGCUAUAUUUAGAUUUAUUACAUGCUUAAUAUAUGUCGUAUUACUGUAAGAAUCCGCCGACUAAUAGUCAUGCUUUGAACGCUUUUGAAUAAAAUGAAAUAUAUAAAAAAUAUACAAAAAAAACUUCAUCAUAACAUAUUUAGUACGACAAUUCGUUGACCUUAUACCUCUCGCAUAGAAUGUUGGUCCCUAUGACAGCUCAUUUUUAUAUAGAGUAACUGUCACGCAAAUUGUAGACUAUUUUUGAAAGUGAAUUUAUUUAGAAAUGUAACAUUUAAGUAAUAAAAAUACAGUAAAAAAAGUUAUUUAUGUUUUUUAUAGUUAACACAUUCACCGCUGAGCUACGGUUCUAGUGCUACGUCGUAGCCGAUAACGUGAGUUUCCCGGAAUGUAGCGGAAAUGCCUCGUGGCGUAACGACAACGUGUCGUGAUUAGCGCUGAAUGGGUUGAACCCAACCAAAUGCGACUGAAGGAACUGUCAUAGGCAUCAUUCAACGCAAGAGAAUUGACAUUAAAAAUAUAUAACUUUGCGCUUACACGGGCAAUUGUAGACAACAUUUACGAGAUGAGAUAAUUUCAUAGAAAACCUAAUGUUUUAUUGAGGGACAAUGGGUGAAUGGGUGAACUUUCACACCAUUUAUAUCAGCAACUUUGAAUAAUAUGUACUAUCUGUUGCCCACGACUUUGGCCGCGUGGAUUUAUUUCCCGAAACACACUUUCAACCCCCUUUGAAUCCUAUUAGGGGAUCAAAAAAAAAAAAAGCUUUAAUUACGUAUCUCGUAUUUUAUGAAAAUUUCUUAUUAAAUUAAAAUUGCUCCAACAUUCUCCAAAUUCAUUCAUUACUUUAGUUAAGAAUUUUAUUCAUUAUAAAAAUUGCCCGUGUAAACUUGGAUUUACAAAUCAACUGACAUUUCAUACAUUUUGAAUAAACACAUUUUCAUCAACCAAGUUUAAAGCACUAAUAUUUACACAUUAAAAGGAUUAUUGAACCACACAAUUCAUAACGUACCUAGGUAUCUGUUUGGCAAACAGUUAAUGGUGUUGCAUGACUACGUACUCUUAAACUUGACUAACUUUUAACUUUUUUUUUUACUGAAAUUUGAAACUUAAGUAAUGAAUACCUACCAUAUUUUCGUCAUAUGUGUGUAAUUUUUUUUUAUUAGGUCAUAGCCACUCGUGUUGGUACCCACAGGUAAUUAGACUAAUUAGAUACACUGACAUGUUACAGAUAUUGGUCGACCUUUUCUGGUAGCAAAAAAAAAAACAAAUAAUUCAAUAGAAAUAUUGCUUAACAAAUUGUUCCUCAUGGAAGCGCAAAAGUAGUUUAAAAAAAAAAACAAAAUGUGUUGACAAGUCUGAAAAGAUGAAAAAUCCUCUCGAACAUAGUUGAAUUUACAAUCCAUCUAUUUUGCAAUUUGACAGUCUUGAUAAUAUGACUCAAAUAACUUUUAGUAACAUGCUUAGUAGUUCAUGUAACGUUUCAAUACAUUCAAAAGCGUUCUUGAGAACUCAUUUUCUGUAGUACUUUUCAUCACCAUCACUUUAGUUUAGAUCCGAUGAAAAUAAUAAAAAACAUAAAAAAAGUUAUUUUUUUUUUAUUAAAUCUUGUGUGGCUUUGUUAGUGUGAAUGCGUAGUACUAGUUACUCUAAAAUACGGAGACAAAAAUUACCCGUACAUUUCACGCCGUUGAUGUAAAAAUUACCUAAUUUAACAUUAAGGAAGUUUUUAAUACUAACGCUAUAAAUUGAGAUUGGUAAGCUUAAUCUAUUGACCCAAAAUUAAUGCUUGUUACGUAAAAUACCUAUAACUGUUAAAAAUCAUAAAUAUAUAUUUUUCAAUAAACUAACAAUCUACUGUUUAGUUGAGUCUCAGGAAGAUAAAAGACAAUUAAGACGUUCUGUAUUGAUUAUUUGCAAGUAUCAAUAUCGGGUAACUAAAUAGGUCGACAAAUAAAUGAUAAUAAAAUAUUUAUUACGAAAAUACUAAUUGGAACCAUACUCUAUGCAGCGUGACGUCAUUUUUCCGUCAACGGCAUGAAAUGUCCCGUAAUUACAUCACCAAAUUAACUCUGAGGAAGACCAUUUUUUAACAGUAACAAAUCAAGUUCAUACUAACACAUAAAAAAAUGUCUUCAUGUUUGGCUUCAGAAUCAUUGACCUUUUCGUUCAUUUCAAAAUAAUUAUGUACCUCAUUUUUAUUCUAAUUGGUAAAAAAAAUUUAAAUUUACAGAAAAUGAGUUCUAUAUUCAUCAUAUUACCCGCAUUAUUUGUAGUGUCAUGUGUGCCUGGCGAGAGACUGGUGUAAUGUUAAUGUUCAUUCUUCAUAUGUAUCCUAAGGGUGGUUGGGCAGUGGAGCAUUUUGUGACAAAAUAAUGUAGUAAGAUCUGUGUUACAUGUAUGUAUGUAGACUAAAUGUUAUAUUGAUGUCUACAAAAUUAUGUGUCAUAUCAGAUAAUUCAUUUGCCUGAAUAGAUAAAUCAUUAUUGUUAUAUGUAAAAGGUGUUUUAGAUACAAGAAUUCUUAAUAAAUAAAUGUCGACAUUUUUAUUACAUACUGACAAAAAUAAAUGGCAUGAAAUCGAUGUUUUAAAAUAAAGUCUGUAUCUAAAUCUAUAAACACAAACAGAUCUGUGAGAAAGUCAAGAAAAUCUGCUGUAAAAUAUAUUUGUUCUACACUAUAAUAACCACAGCCAUGUAUCUCCAAAUUUCUCAAACUAUUGCGCUAAACAGACCAAAAUUUCCGUUUUCAAAUUUCAAAAAUGUACCGUCAUAUUUUUUUACUAUUUGUUCAGCUUUAUUUAUGUAUUUUUUUUACACUCGCAUAUCUUAAAAAUGGAAUCGUUUAUCAUAUCCGUGUUUUACCCAUUAUAGAUCGUGUCGUUCACGAAGACGCGUACUGUCAUGUUAUUAAAGGUUAGAUUUGACAAAUCUACGCGUCAUUGUGAAUGACACGAACCUAACCUUACCUGUUUAUUUAAUUUUACCUUAGACUUAUGGUCGGUUGCACCAAACCGUCUGUCACCGUUAAAGCGUUCACAAAAUUUUAUUAUAUGGGAAGUUUCAUACCUCACUGCUGCCUGACGUUGAUGAUUUCGCUAAGUUUGGUUGGUGCAACUGGCCCUUAGAGCAUAAAGAUAUGUCAAAUUAUUCAUACAAAUAGCGAUGCACAAAGUAGCUAAUUAGACUCGAUAGUAAAAUUACUUCAGAUUGUACAAGCAGGGGAUGCAAGAAUAACUUGUACACCUGUAAUUAUUCUAAUUGAAGUUCGCAAGAAUAAAUCUUACGAUCGUGGUAUUUAGCAAAAUUAAGCCUAUUCGGUCUAGGUAUGUAGGUGUGGCAGCAAAACCUUGUUUCUUUCAGUAUAACGAAUAGUCAGAAUAAGAUUUAUUAUCGAUGUGAAUUUGUCAUAUAUGUAGAAUCCAGAAAUUUUCAAAUUAUUUUGUACAACCUCUUUAGACUUGGAAUGCCUCCACUGCUGUAUGUUUGUUUACUUCAAUAUUAAUAAAUGGUGUAUGUCAAA